AUGGUCCUCUUCGACGACCCCCCCACCGCCCUCCUCCGCGAAACCACCUCCCAAUUCCACAUCCACCCAGACCGGGACUCCCUCUCGCGGAUCUCCGACUCCCUCUCCGCCCUCUCCACCGCCCGCACCUCGCGCCUCACCCACCAACGCUCCACCCUCAAAACCCUCUCGCGCCAACUCAACGCCCUCCACGAAGGCCGGCGAUGGGAGGACGACCACCACGACGCCGGCGGGCACGCGGAGCGGAUGCUGAAGAUGGACACGGAGAAGUUUCGCAUCGCGAAGGGGGUGAGUGAUGUGGAGAUUGAGGGGGAGAGGUUGGAGGGGGAGCGGGCGGGGUUGAGGGCGCAGUUGAGGGGGUUGGAGGAGCAGGGGGUUGAGGGGGGAGGGAAACGGGUGGGGGAGGGGGAGGAUGAGGUUGUUUUGAAGCUGCAUAUAUACCGCUCGUUGGGGAUUUCGGCGACGCAAGAUCCGAAAACGGGAGAGUUUAGUAGGGCGGUGGUGAGACGGGUAGGAUCGCCGGAGAGCGGGAGUCAUGGCGACGUUAAUAUCAUUAAUAUUGAUGGCAAGGUCGACAGGAGCUUCUACGCGAGGGAGUUGUGGGAUGCGCUCUAA